CUGGAAUAGCUGUAGUCAGCUAUAUAAGCACUCCUCCCAUGUGGUUAUACUUCAGUCUUCAGGACAGACGCAGACACUGAGACAGCUUGUUUUUAGUCAAGAUGAAGUUGCUUCUAGUUGUUGCUGCUGUUCUGGCUGUAUCCAGCUGUGGCCGCAUGUCUCUGGAAGACAUGGAGUUUCAUGCCUGGAAGCUCAAGUUUGAAAAAUCCUACGACUCUCCAUCAGAGGAGACUCAAAGGAAGCAGAUCUGGCUCAACAACCGUAAACUUGUGCUAAAGCACAAUGCUUUGGCUGACCAGGGUUUGAAGUCCUUCCGCCUUGGGAUGACCUACUUUGCUGAUAUGGAAAAUGAAGAGUACAAAAAGCUGAGCUGUCUUGGCUCCUUCAAUGCCUCUCUGCCUCGCCGUGGCUCUACCUUCAAUGGCCUGCCUAAAGGUUCAGUCCUGUCCGACACUGUUGACUGGAGGGAACAGGGAUAUGUCACUAAAGUCAAGGAUCAGCAGCAGUGUGGCUCCUGCUGGGCUUUCAGUGCAACUGGUGCACUGGAGGGUCAGCACUUCAAGAAGACAGGAAAUCUGGUGUCUCUGAGUGAGCAGCAGUUGGUCGAUUGCACUCGAAAGUAUUUCAACCAUGGCUGCGAUGGAGGCUGGAUGAUCCCUGCCUUUAAGUACAUCAAAGACAAUGGAGGAAUUCAAACUGAGGAAUCAUACACUUAUGAAGCUGGGGAGGGACAAUGCCAUUACAACGCAAAUUUUGUUGGUGCCCAAUGCAGUGGUUACGCUACUGUGAAACAGGAUGAAGAAGCUCUGAAGCAGGCAGUGGCCGCCAUCGGACCGAUAUCUAUAGCCGUGGAUGCUUCUCAUGAGUCCUUCCAACUCUACCAAUCAGGAGUGUAUGUUGAGGAGAGGUGCAGCAACAACCACUUUAGCCAUGCUAUGCUGAUUGUGGGUUAUGGUGCUGAAAAUGGACAUGACUACUGGCUGGUCAAGAACAGCUGGGGUCUUGACUGGGGAGAGGAGGGAUACAUUAAGAUGGUCAGGAACAAAAGCAUCAAUUGUGGGAUUGCUAAUAAAGCAAGCUACCCUCUGGUCUGAAGAGGUGGAAGAAAACUCAUCUGCAUCUUUUUUUCUUCUGCUUUGACCAAAAUGUCCCAUUGAA